CCUCCGUGGAGGUCUGUGUUCCCCCCCCCCCCCGCUCCCACCCCGUGUUCAGCUCUCGGUUUCACGUAGGACGCCAGUCCGCAUCUCCUCUGCUCAGUAUGUCUCCGUCCACGUCCACGUCCCCGCGGCUCCUUGCGGAGAAGGAGGUGGCCCGCCACUGCACCAAGGACUCCUGCUGGGUGCUGCUGGGGACCCGGGUCUACGACGUGACCUCUUUCCUGCGGAUGCACCCGGGCGGUGAGGCGCUUCUACUUCGGCGGUCGGGCAAGGACGUCAGCCCGGAGAUGGAGGGACCCCCGCACCGGCACUCGGAGAACGCGCGGCGGUGGAUGGAGCAGUACUACAUCGGGGAGUUGGACAGAGACAGCGGCACCGGCGAGGCACAGACCGCGAGAGCGAGGAGGAAGGCCGGCGAGCAGACAGUCAGAGAGACGGGAGACGAGAGGACAGGCAAGCGCGUGACCGAGGAGGACGAGAACGCCGACUACAACCGCUGCAGCCCGGUGGACCUGGACAAGGAUUUGGUGGACUGGCGGAAGCCUCUGGCAUGGCAGGUAGGCCACCUGGGAGAGAAGUACGACGCGUGGGUUCACCAGCCGGUCGACAGACCGAUCAGGCUGUUCGGAAACCCCUUGAUGGAGGCCGGCACCAAGACCUCCUGGUACUGGGUGCCAGUGGUGUGGCUUCCUGUCGUCUUCUAUUUCAGUUGGUACUGCUAUACCACCCUGGGUGAGGGCACCACCAGACUCAACCUCACUUCAGGCAUCUCCGUCCCGAUCCACAAGUACUGCUUCCCUCUGCUCUUUCUGCUGGGCUGGUUCUUGUGGUCGUUCAUCGAGUACUGCAUCCAUCGCUUUGUCUUUCACAUGAAACCGCCGGCCCACAACUACUACCUUAUCACGAUACACUUCCUCCUGCACGGACAACACCACAAGUCUCCGUUUGACGGCUCUCGGCUGGUCUUCCCCCCCGGCCUGGCCUCCCUGGUGGUGGGGAGUUUCUAUCUGAUCCUCUGCAGGACGCUCCCGGAGAUCCUCGGUACGUCCGUGUUCGUCGGAGGUCUGUGUGGCUACGUCAUGUACGACAUGAUCCACUACUACCUUCACUACGGUUCCCCCAAGAGGGGCUCGUACAUGUACGGCCUGAAGGCCUACCACGUCAAACACCACUUUGAGCACCAGAGAGCAGGUUUUGGCAUCACCUCCACAUUCUGGGACCACCCCUUCAACACAGUCAUCCCCAAUGAGAAGUACUAACACAGAAGCAGCUCUCCUAAAAGGGCCAUAGGACUAAUCAACCGCCCUCCUUAGCAACCAGCCCACAUGCUGUAACCACCGGGACACCCGUUAGUUCAAUUUCCACCGCCACAGUUUUCCAAAACCAUGGAGGAUGUUCCACUAUUAAGGAGUCUGACGAACCCACGCAUCCAUCUCAUGUCAGCACACAAAACAUUCUCUGGAGUUUUUUUGUUUGUGUCGACCAGUACGCACCGUCACCGAAGCCUUUCCGUGCCACUUUUAUUUAUUUAGCAAAGAAGUGUGUCUGAGCGAUGGACCCCAAUUGGCACCGCCCUUUUAAAUAUUUAUAUAUAUAUAUAUAUUAAUUCCUUGGUGUGAUGAGGCGAUUUAUAUAUUGCCAUCGCCUCGUCACACCGAGGAAUUUAGACCCAAAUUUAGAUCAAACACACACACGCACUGUCCAAGAUUCCUUGAGAGGAAGACUGCGGGAAAAGGAAGUGAUAUGUGGUUGUUGAAUGUGGAAGAUGGAGGAGAAACUGAUGUGAUGAGAGAAAGUGUGAGAGUGUGUGUGGAGAGAGAGAGAGAGAGAGACCAACUCAGAUCUUCUAACCUUCCUCCGCAUCUGCAGCUUCACACGCUGCCACACUCGGUCACGCUCAGGUAUUGUAACAUGCUAGAGAUGUUCCCUUCCUUUUUUUGCCCUGCUGUAGUUUUUGGAAACGGCUGAGAACACAAAAAAAAUCUGUCUUCAAAUAUUACAACAUGCUAAAAGACUAAUUUAUUCAUUAUCAGUAAAGCUGCAAAAGUGAAAUCUUACUCCAGGGCACUAAUGUAAUGUUAAUAUUGAUUUUUACAUGUUUAACCACUGAAGAUAUAUUUUUGCAAGUCUUUUGUAAUGCAUCCUCCGUUUUCUUUUCUUUUGUCAUGCGUGGUACAACAAAGAUGUAGAAAUAAUAUUUUGUAAAAUGCAUUUGAAUUAGAACAGGAGAGUUAUUAGCAGCAGUGUUACGGUCCCGGCGUGAGCAGAUGUUUUCUCAUUGGCUGGACGGUGAGAAAAUGGCUGUUUUGAUGAAGACGAAUGUCUGCAGUGUGUUGUCAUGGCGUCAGAGGGACAGAGCUGAGGGCAUGAGGCCGGCCUGUCAGACUUCCUGUUGUGGGGAUCUCAGGGAUCAUUUUUUAUUGGCCCUGCAGACCUCAGCAGGAUGACGAUGGAUGAACCAUCUGACCGGGCAGCAGGAGGUCUUGAUCGCGACCGGCGGAUCUUCAGGAAGUUUCCUCUGAACAACCUGACAACUGAAGGAGAUCAAACUGCAUCAAAACCGUUCACAUGCAUCAGUCAGUCAGGCCAAGUCUGAAUGUACUACAACGGCUGAAAAACCCUUUCUAUCCACUUUUCUAGCUUAAAGAAAAGACUCCCAUUUACAUAAUAUCUGUGUCCAUGCAUUCCUACGCUCUGUAAAAUAACAUGCAAAAGAUGACUUUCAUAAUAAUAAUGCAGUGACAUUAUUUAAUUUGUGUAGUUUUUUUUCUUAAUAUUCAGUGCAGCAAUAACAUUAAAUCAUCAAGUAUGGGGCUGUGUUUUCACCGGAUUGAGCUAAAACCGCACCAAAAUGUACCUGCAGCAUAUCGUUUUUUCUAAAACCAUAACGCUGUCUGUGGUGACGAUGAACACUCAAGGCAUCGUGAAGAAUAAUCAUGACAUUGAUAUAAUUACCACGAAAAUGAUGAACCAAAGAUUACUGUUGAUGACCGUGAUGAUGGUUGAGAUACUGAUAGCCAUGAUUAUAAUGACGUAAUAAUUAUGGUGACGUAAUAAUAAUGAUGACGACGAUGAUGAUGAUGAGUGUAAUAAUGCAAACUGAUUGUGCCGGCUGCUUAGCAAUCUAAAACGUUUCAACCUCUUGAAGGGAAGAGAGAUCUUAUUUAUGUGUGUUUAUACAAAAUAGAUGCCUCGAUCCUGACUGGUGAACCUUUCCUUGUGCUAAGUUACGCAGCCUGAAAUAACAUUUCCUAAAUAUGUUUACUUAAAUAUUCUAUAACUUUUAUUUUUAAAUCUUAAGUGUAAAUAAAGGUCUGUAUAUUUCUGAA